UUAUCAGAUGAAGCCGUGAAUCAACUGACUGGUAUUAAUCGUGUCGUCGUUCCAUUUGUUGCAUGUGGUGAUUUGUGCGGUUUUGAUAGUGAUGGCAGUUACCCGUUGAAUCUACCGACUAUACCGUCUGGACCGUUAGGAUCCGAGUACGUCUUUCGUGAUGUUGUCCAGCCUCCAACUGAGCCGUCGUACAAGGAAUCAGUGAUGAUCAAGAAGCUUGACCGAUUGGUGGUUGCGGAGAAGUAUUCGGGACAACAGGUGGCGAAGUCGGUGCUGCCAUAUGUACGACCCGUAAAUCCGGACGCUAGUGAUAUCGGUUAUGGAGACGAGCAGGUAGAAGCAUUAGCCAGCCUGUUGCUAAACGAAGAAUCUUGA